UUCUCCCUGUCACAUUUCUGUCACCGAGAACAGCUGACAACGGGGGACGGGGAGGAACCGCGUCUUGUGCGUUCUCUUGGGCUAAAUGGACGGACGCACUCGGGGUUUUAAAGUAGGAAUGUGAAGGAGAGACGAUGUGCUCCACGGAAAGCAACGCGCAGCUUCAGACAGCACCAUCAGACCCGGCUCUCCUCCUGGAGCUGAAGACCCGGCGGCCCCCGUCCCUGCUGGAGAUGGCGGGGUGCGAGACCUGGAGCGUGGACUUCUCCCCGGACGGCGCGUGGUUCGCCUGGUCCAUGGGUCACGGCAUCGUGUGGGUGGUCGCCUGGCCGCUCGACUCACAGGAGGGUCAGGAUGGAGAGACGGACCGCGGAGACAAGAGCUUCAGUUGUGGUCAUCCCGUGUGGGGGCUGGCCUUCGGACCCAGGCCGCCCAAAUCCGCCGCAGGGGCACAAACGGCUAAAAAAGCACCAAAAGGGAAGAACAGUCUGCUUCUGGCCACGGGACUGGAAAACGGGGUGAUCAAGAUCUGGAACGUGCUAACCGGCAAUGCCGUGUUUGAUCUGCACGGACACGAGGGCGUGGUGAGGGACCUGAUUUUCCCUCAGAACGGGUCGCUGACACUCAUAUCAUCUUCACGGGAUAAGACUCUAAGGAUUUGGGACCUAACUCAAAAGGGGAAGAAGGUGCAGGUUCUCUCCGGCCAUAAAGACUGGAUCAGCAGCUGCUGCGUCUCGUCCGACUGCAGCAUGAUCGCGUCCGUCGGCAGGUUUGACAGAAUGGUGUGUCUGUGGAGUCUGCGGUCGUACACGUUCAUCAGGAACCUGACGGGAGGCACCCACAAGACCCUGUGCCUCCUGUCCUCUUGUGACUUCUCUCCGGACGGGGCGCUGCUCGCCACGGCCGCCUUCAGCGGCUCCAGCUGGUGGAUCGACCUCUGGGACCCGUACACGGCUGAGAAGCUGGCCACUCUGGCCGACUACUUUGAAGAUUACGGGCAAAACCAGAUAUCAGCUAUACAAUUCUCCCCCAACGGUUUGCACCUGGCGAUUGUGACUGAUGAAAGAGCCCUUCGGAUCUGGGAACCGGGAGAGAAGCGAAUGACGAUGCAGACGAGGCGAGACAGGGACUCCAACGGGCUGUGCUGCGACUACCACCCACGAGGGGGAGUGGUUGCCACCGGAACCAGGGACGGACACGUGCGGUUCUGGAGGGCCCCCAGGAUGGUGCCCAGCUUGUCCCACCUGUGCCGACUGGUCGUCCGGCACUCGGUCUCCACGCACCAGAUCCAGGCGCUGCCGCUGCCCCGGAGGAUCCUGGAGUACCUCACCUACAGAAACAUCCCUGAACGCCUCAAGACCUGCAGCUCCUCGGACGAGGAGGACUGGGACAGCUGAAGUAGUGACAUUAAAAGAGAAGAAGAAGAAGAAAGCUCACAAUUAUGUUGAGUGUUUUCCUAAACGCUCAGAAUUAAAAUGCCUUUUCUGUUUUCUGCACUGACAGUGAUUAUAGAAAACCACAGUAAUGUAACCUGCUUCAGAUCAUCCACUAGCUUCAUUUAUUGCACUACCAUUUUAUCAAGAUGCAUAACUAAACGUCCAUGUACUCUGACUUGAAUAUCACCAUUUUAUACUGCUAAUUUAUUAUGUAAAUAGAAGAUUUAUAUUCAUUUCUAAUGUUUGUGUGUAUUAUAAAAGAGCGUGUACUUGUGCAAUUUCACAUGUUAAUGAAACAAACAGGACUAAUAGGGGAAACAACACUUUAUUAAACAGAUUA